AGAGAGGGGGAGAGAGAGAGAGAGGAAGGAGGGGUUUCUAUGAGUCCACGUCGUCCCUCUAAUUAGCUCACAGUGUCUGUAAAAUAAAUCAGUGUAGUGGCUUCACCCCCGCUCAACUGCAGCACGCGCCCCUUAACCUGCUCCUAGCGCGCCAAAACAGAAGGGUCCGCGCGAUCUACCUUGACAUAAACUGAGGCGCGCAAUUGUCACGAGGAGCGCACUAUAAAUGUUUGGUGUUUUCGACAAGUCAGUAAAGUGAGAAAGAGUAAGAGUAAAAAUAAAGAAAGACAAAGAACUUUCCGAUAUUAAGAUAUCCUUGUCACUUUUACGCACUUGGCGAGGUUGACUUGAAGCGAGACCUAAACUUACCGACCAAGAGGGACUGGUGGGAAAUAGCAGUCUCCCAAGAACGUCCGGUCGUGUGUGUCAAUUCAGAGAGACGACCAAGUGAGCGAGAAGGCAUAAAAUCUCGGCGCGAGGAUGAUGUCCUACAUUAAGCAACCCCAUUACGCCAUGAACGGGUUAAACAUGCCUGGGAUGGACCUGCUACACACCACGGCUGGAUACCCAUUCUCUGUGUCUCUGGAUUUCUCAGCCACCCCACGAAAGCAGCGUCGCGAGCGCACCACCUUCACACGCACUCAGCUGGAUAUCCUGGAGUCCUUGUUCUCCAAGACCCGCUACCCCGACAUCUUCAUGAGGGAAGAGGUGGCCCUCAAGAUCAACCUCCCCGAGUCACGCGUACAGGUGUGGUUCAAAAACCGCCGCGCCAAGUGCCGCCAACAGCAGCAGCAGAGCAGCGGCCAGUCCAAGCCCCGCCCGCCCAAAAAGAAGACGUCGCCCGCCCAAGACCAGCCCAGCGCCGGCCCAGACCCCUCAGCCAACAACCCCUCUGGUUCCUACAGCCCCUCCUCAGCCCCAUCGGGCCCCUCCCUGCCGCCCAGCGGCAACAACCCUGGCAAUGCAGCCGUCUCCAUCUGGAGCCCGGCCAUCUCACCACUCCCUGACCCUCUGGCCUCUUCGGCGCCCUGCAUGCAGCGGCCCUCUGCCUACCCAAUGAGCUACGGCCAGCCGCAGGCCUACGCCCAGGGCUAUGCCCAGGGCUAUGCCGGCACCUCCUCCUACUUCACGGGCCUGGACUGCGGCGCCUACCUGUCGCCCAUGCAUUCGCAGCUGUCGGCUAGCGGUGCCCUCAGCCCCAUCACCGUGCCCUCAAUGGGGGGUUCGCUGAGCCAGUCACCCGCCUCGCUCUCCUCCCAGGGCUACGGCACAGCCGCCUCGCUGGGCUUCACCUCCGUCGAUUGCCUGGACUACAAAGACCAGCAGGCCUGGAAGCUGGGCUUUAGCACCAUGGACUGCCUGGACCACAAAGACCAGAAUUCCUGGAAGUUCCAGGUGCUGUAGAGAGAGUGGGAAGAA